AUGCGUCUGCCCUACGUCCCCAACCCUCCGACGCCCUCCAACGAGCAGGACCGCGCCAUUAUUGAACGUGUGAGGGACCGGCGCGGCGACGCAGGCCUGCUCGAGCUGGAUCUUGCGCUUCUCCACUCUCCCCCAGUCGCCGAUGGUUGGAACUCUUUCCUCGGCGCGAUUCGAACGAGGACAACACUCUCCACCUCGAUCCGCGAGACCGCUAUAUGUCGUGUUGCUGUCUUGAACGAGGCCUGGUUUGAGUGGGAACAUCACGCACCCCUCCUCCGAGCAUGCCUAGAGAUUCGGGAGGAGCAUGGCCGCCUACAUAUCUUGGACGAGAAACACAGGGCAGUCGUAUUAUAUACAGAUGACAUGACAUGCCAUGUAACUGUUUCGGAUGCCGUGUCUGACAGACUAAAGGCGAGCUUUUCAGAUCGCGAAGUCGUGGAGAUUACAGCCACAAUCGCUGUCUACAAUUGCGUCAGCCGCUUUCUGGUUGCCCUGGAUGUUGGUGAGUGUAAUGGUCGAAAGGGACCUCUGGUCCGGUAA